AUGGCGACAGCAAAGUCUGCGCGACUGCAGACCCCAGCGGAUCGCAAUCUCAGAAACGUCGUGCUAGGAGACCUCCUGUUCAAGCCCUGGAAUCAAUCAGUCUACCCCGAAGACCUCGUCACCAAAGAUACCGAUCGACUGUAUGUCUGCCGCUGGUGCUUCCGAUACUCAUGUGAGGAGGAUGUUUUCGCAGACCACAAACGCGCCUGUGAGCAUCGCACAACGCCUCCGGGCACGAAAGUCUACGACCACGGCGGGUAUGCAGUCUGGGAAGUCGAUGGAGAAAAACAUAAGCUUUUCGGACAAAACCUCUCCCUCUUCGCGAAACUGUUUCUCGAUCACAAGACCGUCUUCUUCGAUGUCGCAACCUUCCUUUACUACAUCCUCACAUAUACCGACCCCGAUGAGCCCGGCAGCUACUAUGUGCUCGGCUUCUUCUCGAAGGAGAAACUGUCUUGGGAUGCGAACAAUCUUGCUUGUAUCUUGAUCUUCCCGCCAUACCAACACAAGCAACUCGGAAAGCUGUUGAUGGGGGUCAGCUACAAGCUCAGCGGUUGGGAUUCGACCGGUGGAUAUAUCGGUGGGCCGGAAAAGCCACUGAGCGAGCUGGGUCACAAGAGCUAUUCCCGAUUCUGGGCUGAACGGAUUGCCCGAUAUUUGCUCCGCGGCAAGCCCGGCGAAAAUCCCCGUGAAUCCAAUCAACAGAAACUCAAUUCUACCCCAAAGGGAUCCCGCAAGAGGCCCGUCCGCGAGACUAUGACAGUCGAGGAGCUUGGCCUGGGCACCGGUAUGCUCACUGAGGAUGUGGUUACUGCUCUCAAAUGCAUGGGGCUGUUUGAGCCCCAGGCCACUCCGAAAAAGCGUAAGAGCAACCGUACAGCCACGGAAGCCACGGAAGUGAACUCCUCACCAGGUCAGAUGGUGACCAUAUCCAAAUCUGAUGUGUGGGAGUGGGCUCAAACGCAUCAUCUCUCCUUGGACGACCCUGUGAGCGAAGAGGGCUUCGAGGGGCUAUGGCCUCCCAUGGUCGUUUCUGCGGAGAGUGACGACAGCAUCCUCUCGGAGGAAGAUUGA